CUUCCAACUUCCAAGCUCCCGCCUGCUCGUCCAACCCAACGUCGAGCGGUGGCGAGGCCUAUCAACCCGAUGUAGCGAUAUCGUUACGGCUUUCGAUUUCUGGCUUCUACCUAGGAUUCAGCGCAGCCAUGACCAUUCGCAGCCCCCAAUUGCCGUGCGCCGCGUCUACCCGAGCCCACCGUAGGGUUGUUGUGAGGGCGUCGUCGAGCUUCCGCUUCACCAGCUCCAGGAGCUCCGGAGAAGUCAGCAGCUCUGAGGUCCGGAGAUAACAACCGAGCUGCUCUCACCCACCAUGUCGGCCGCGUCGCUCCUCUUCCUGAUCGUCUACAACUUCCUGUACUACUUCCUGUACCUCGUCCUGUUCGCCUUCCUCGUCGUCACGCCCAUCGACGUGAUCCAGCAGGCCGUGCAGCGCCGCCGCAACUACGACAUCCUCGUCCUCAUUGUCUGCUAUGUCGCCACCAUCCUAGCCGUCGCGCUGGUCUACGCCACGCGCCUCUACAUCAGCCGCUCCGUGCUCGCCUCCAUCCCGAAGUCGUGGAUCCCCAUCGAGAAGGGCGACGUGCCGCCCGACGUGCGCCAGAUGAUCGUCGACGGCCUCGGCAGGAGCGCCGCCAUCGCCUACGCCGCCCGACCGCGCGUGCCGCCUGCGUCUCUCGCCCAGGAACCUGCGCCGGCGGCAUCGCCUCCGUCCGGUGCGCCAGGGCUGUCGUUGACGGCGUCCAAGAAGAGCGCUGCCUCUGAGAAGGAGGCGGUGGUUGGGAUUUCCCCGCAAAAACCCGUAUGGGGCGAGAUCGAGCACCCGGGCUGGGCGUCGCCGAUGUCUCCGGACCUGCCUGACGUGCAGUAUGACGCGGUCGUCCAAGAGUUGCCGAACCUGAUCGAGGCAAAGGCCAUUACACUCGCCCCUCCGGAUCCCGGAUCGCACGCCGAGCCGCCAGCGCUCGAUCCAGAUGCGAUUGCUCUUCUCCAGCGACCAGAAUACAUGGGCCUCCGCGAGUACCUCGCGCACCUUACCGACCUGGCCGUACUCGCGCCACUGCCGGUAACGGACGAGUUCCUCGCCGCGUACGAGGCCGCGCGAUUCUCCGCACGGCCGCUGUCCAACGAGCAGUUCCGCAACCUGAUGCACCUCUUCGCAGAAAUCCUCCGCAACAUGCAUCCACUCAGCCCUGCCGUGCUGGCGGGGUACGAGGACGACGGCUCGUCCAGGCUGACGCCGUCGGAGAGCGACAUCGACAACGAUGCGCCGCGCGGGACAAGCCCGUCCAGUCUGGGCACGGCUCGCGGUCCACAAGUCCAGCGUGGGGACGACGAUGGCGGGAUUGCGCGCAGCGACAGCUCGAGCACGGCUAGCUCAGCGCGCCCGCGGCCCGGUCUCAGGGCGCGCAAUUCAUCGGCGAACACGUGGCAGUUCCGCACGGCGCCGACGACGCCCAGGAGUCGGCACACCGGCUUCUCGAGGGCGUCCAGCUCGGAGAGCUUCGCGCACACGCGACGCCCGUACCCGGCCAGCGAGGCGUCAAGCGCCAGCCUGCGGUCGGUGGGGCGAGGGUCGGUCAUCCGGCUGGCGGGCAGCGAGGACGCGACGGACUUGCCGUAUGUUCUGAUGCAUUCGCCGAGCCGGUGAAUAGCGAAGGCGGCCGUGAAAAUGGGAGUCAACUUGGUCGCUUCAGGGUAGGGGUAGAUCGGAGAAGCGGUACAUUAACUGUCUAAUGCUACUUCUUGCAAA